AAUACUAGUUUCUAGCUACAGCAAAGCCGGGGCUCAAUUUCCAUGCAAAAGGCAUUCUAGAUCUCGAGAUCUGACAGCUCCCGACAAACGCAAACCUCUUCUAAGAAAACACUGACAACGCACUUGCACUGAUAUCGGGAACUGAGCUGAGCAGAGCUAGCUGAGCGCGGAUAACACACGAGCUGUCUAGCUAGCUGUCGUCGUCGUACUCGUUUGCUUUUCCCGUUGAUGCUUCGCUGCCGAUAAGUGGAACUCAGUGACGUGUGUUCUUCACGCUGCGUCUCAUUAUAUUUGAAUAGGAAACUCAGCCAGGGUUUCGGGCUCGGCGGCUAGCUCAGCAAACGUUGGAUGCUCUGUGCCGAUCGCAAGGGACAGGUCACGUUUCCCCCGCGGAGAUUGCAUCUGCUUUUGUCUUGUAAAGCUUCUCAUCGAUCACUUAUCAACAAUGGUUAGAUUAGACUCAUGAAACAGCAUUGUAACAGAGGCCAAACCAAACUGAGACAAUGCUGCGACCAGUCCACCAUACCCUGUUCAUGACAGAAGUCCUGUCCUGGAGUCUUACUAUUCUAGUGUUGGCCAGCCAGCAACCCCAGCAAUCAGAUAUGACAAGCAGUCAUCGUUUUCACAUUUGGAUUAAUGGAAGCCACAAUGCAAAGGAGUCACGAGAUGGAACUUUUGUCUCACCAGGUUUCCCAACCACCCAUUUCUCGUUAGCCACCACAUACAACUUUCACCUGACUCAUCGCAGCAAACAUGGACAUGUUAAGCUGAACUUCACUGAUUUCUUUCUUAUGCCCUUGGAUAAUUCUGCACAGUGUGGAUCACUUCUCAGCGAUUAUGUGAAGAUUAUGGAUGGUACCAGUGUAACCAGGCACUGCAGUCAUCUUCGACCACAGCCUUAUAUCUCAUCCUCCCACGAGCUCACCCUUGAGUACUACUACACUCCUAGCACAGGUAGCUUCCUCCAUCACAGCCUCCUCAGGGUGGGCUACCAGUUCCUCUCUCGGGCUGAAGCCAUGAUCGAGUGGGACAACCUAAUCAGAGGUUAUUAUGGUAAGUCCUAUUAAAAGUCAAACACAAU